GUGGGUGGGGGGCGGGGAAGAUGUCUGAGCGGGGAGAAGCCCCGGCGGCGGCACCGGCGGGAGAGAUGCCGGCGAAGAAGCAGAAGCUGAGCAGCGACGAGAACAGUAACCCCGGGGACAUGUCCGGCGACGAGAACGAUGAUGCUGUUAGUAUUGAAAGUGGUACUAACACUGAACGCCCUGAUACGCCAACAAACACUCCUAAUGCACCAGGAAGAAAAAGCUGGGGGAAAGGAAAAUGGAAGUCGAAGAAGUGCAAAUAUUCCUUCAAAUGUGUAAAUAGUCUAAAGGAGGACCAUGGCCAGCCUCUGUUUGGAGUCCAGUUUAACUGGCACAGUAAAGAAGGUGAUCCUCUUGUUUUUGCCACUGUAGGCAGCAACAGAGUUACUUUAUAUGAAUGUCAUUCCCAAGGAGAAAUCCGUCUGUUGCAGUCUUAUGUGGAUGCUGAUGCAGAUGAAAAUUUCUAUACCUGUGCAUGGACAUAUGACAGCAAUACAAGCCAUCCUCUUCUGGCUGUGGCAGGAUCCAGGGGUAUUAUUAGGAUAAUUAAUCCCAUUACAAUGCAGUGCAUAAAGCACUACGUGGGCCAUGGAAAUGCAAUCAAUGAACUGAAAUUCCAUCCAAGAGAUCCAAAUCUUCUUUUAUCUGUAAGCAAAGAUCAUGCAUUGAGACUGUGGAACAUCCAGACAGACACGCUGGUUGCAAUAUUUGGAGGAGUAGAAGGGCACAGGGAUGAGGUGUUAAGUGCAGAUUAUGAUCUUCUUGGUGAAAAAAUCAUGUCCUGUGGGAUGGAUCACUCUCUAAAACUCUGGAGAAUUAAUUCCAAGAGAAUGAUUAAUGCUAUCAAAGAGUCUUAUGAGUACAACCCAAACAAAACCAACAGGCCUUUUGUUUCCCAGAAAAUUCACUUUCCUGACUUUUCUACAAGAGACAUACAUAGAAACUAUGUUGACUGUGUGCGGUGGCUGGGAGACCUAAUUCUUUCCAAGUCUUGUGAAAAUGCCAUUGUUUGCUGGAAGCCUGGCAAGAUGGAAGAUGAUAUAGAUAAAAUCAAGCCCAGUGAGUCAAAUGUGACCAUUCUUGGGAGAUUUGAUUAUAGCCAGUGUGACAUAUGGUACAUGAGAUUUUCAAUGGAUUUCUGGCAAAAGAUGCUUGCUCUGGGGAAUCAGGUUGGCAAACUUUAUGUUUGGGAUUUAGAAAUAGAGGAUCCACAUAAAGCCAAGUGUACGACUCUUACUCACCCUAAAUGUGUUGCUGCCAUCCGACAGACCAGUUUUAGCAGGGAUAGCAGUAUCCUUAUAGCUGUGUGUGAUGAUGCCAGUAUCUGGCGCUGGGACAGAUUACGAUAAAGUACUUUUUCUUAAUUCAUAGAAGAAAAUAUAUUUUCAAAUUAUAAUAUAGUCUGUUAACAUGCUAGUUCAGUAGAUGCAUUUAGUGUAGACUUUCUCGAAGGUUCGGCAGGCUGGAGCUGGACUUAGUGAUGUUUACAUUCUGUGUAUUGUUCUGCUUGAAAUUGCUGCUUUUAAUAAAAAGAAGUAUUUUUGUAAAGUUUUCUGAAUUGUCCAUAUUAAUUAUUUCCCACAAGUUUUCACUUAUGGUCUAGGAAAUUUCUUUGUGUAGAGCUAAUGCAUGAAUGUAUGCCAACUUGCUAGAAAUUUGGUAUAUUUAUGCUUGCAGUUGUAUUUUGUGCCUUUCAAAAAGCUAAUGAAGCUUUUAUUCAGGGACAACACAAAGGAAAUGUUACUCUUAAGAAUUUAAUACAAAUAAUUGUUAAACAAUUUCUAAACAUAUUUUGAACUCAUUCUUUAAGUUGUAGAUUGAAAUUGAUUUAAUUUUCAGUAAUCUCAAAUUGGAAUUUGCUUCUCACAAUAUCUGUUAAUGACUGGGGGGAAAAACAUUACUGGCUUUGCUUUGUGGAUCACAUUGUUCUAUUGUUUGAUUUCUGUCUAGUUACUGCAUUUAUCUAAAAGUUUGUUUUUGGAAAUAUAUUUUAUUGCCUCUAUUGUCAAUAUUCCCAAAUAGCCUCCUCAAUGUUUUUUACUUGAAUUCUAAAAUCAAUCAUACUUCAUAUAUGUUUAAAAUGUGUGCACAGUCAAUAAAAAUGAAAGGAGGAAAUAGAUAAGAAGGCAGAAAUUAUUAGCAGUGAUAAUCUGUGUUCAAAACAUUGUGUGUGUCUUGUCAGCAGGUAGUUGAAAUGCUCAUGUCUGUGUUAAGAAAGUGGUUCAGGACAUUGCUCCGUAGCUGUGUAUCUGAAUGAGGAAGAAACUAAAUAACACUUAUUGAGGCUGAACCAUUUACAUACUUUUUUUCCCAUUCUCUUUCCCUGCCCUUUAUUUCAACACAUAACAUGUUACUUGAGAAGAAUGUUUUAAGUUAUGAUGUAAAUGCCAGUACAGUGUCCUUGUCAGUAUCAUGGUGCCUCUCUGAUCAGUAGAUUAAAUAGUCCUGUCUGCUGCUGA